AUAAAGCGGCUAGAGAUAAUGAGAUGAGAUGAGAUUUUGAAUAAUUGUUCCGUCUCUAUAGUCUCUCUGUCUCUUUCUCAGUCAACAUUGAGAUAAGACUCCCAGACUGUUACAGAUAGCUAUAAUACAGAGAUUCUCAAACUGUGGUACGCGUACCACUAGUGGUACGCCAAAGAAUCACUUAAUUAAAUAUAAAUAAAAUUAAAAAAAUAAAACGUGAAAUACUAUCCAUAAUAUCCGAAUGGAUGAAAAUAUCUUAUCAACCGAUGACAAGAAAAUGAAAGGAGAUACAAAUUAAGUUAAUAAUUUUAAAAAGUUUGCAAGUGCUUCUGGGUAGCAAUACGUAGCGUACAUACGCAAUGCAUUCCCGCCGGUUCCACUGACAGACGGUUAUCCGCCAUUGGUAGACUAGGCUGUGAUGGGAAAAGGUGGAGGUGGCUUUGCUAAUUAUGACGAGUACGACAAAAUUACUGUCGUGGUUUAAAUCCGCGAAUGCGAGCGUGGAUCAGGAGAGAGGGAGAACUGAAGAGGACGUGUGUGAGCCGAGCGCAGAUGCUAACGACAGUGGCAAAACCAGCCCCAGAACUGCUAGCAAACAGCAGAAACCAGUGAGGAGGAAGUAUGACGAAAAAUACAUAAAACUGGGAUUCAUUUGGAGCAGGACAGAGGAGCUGCCCAGGCCGCAGUGUGUUGUAUGCAGGGACGUUCUGAGCAAUGAGUCCAUGAAACCAUCGCAUCUCAAACGGCAUCUUACAACCAAACACACAGCACUAAAGGACAAACCAAUGGAUUUUUUUUUUACGAAAACGUGAUGAACUGAAGCAGUCCAAGUCCACCAUCCUGUCCUAUGGUACACCCGUAGCCAAAGCACAGGAAGCUUCAUAUCGUGCCAGCCUCCUGAUCGCCAGAGCCGGUAAGCCGCACACAAUCGGGGAACUGCUGUGUUUACCAUUAGCCAAAGAGAUGACACGUAUCAUGUGUGGAGAGAAAGCUGCCAGAGAGUUAAACUUGGUGCUGCUUUCAAAUGACACCGUGUCAACGAGAAUAAACGAUAUGGCUGACGAUGUUAAAAAGACACUGAUUGAGCGCAUUAAGAACAGUAGAUAUCUUGCCAUACAGCUUGAUGAGACUACAGAUGUUGCAGAGUUGGCCAAUUUAUUGGUUUAUGUGAGAUAUGAAUAUGACGGUGUGGCUCAGGAGGACUUUAUGUUCUGUAAAUCACUGGAGACCAGAACUACAUCAGAGCAAAUAUUCCAGUUACUGAACAAGUUCAUCCAGGAGCAUGGCUUGGAUUGGACGUUGCAGGACUGUGUUCACAGAGGCAUGCACACCCAUCACAUUAAGCUCAAAAGCAGUCACUGGAGUUAAGAAACGGCAAGAACUGCAGCUAUAGCCUGUUUUGAUUUUUUUCAAGUACAGUACUUUUUUUACUUAACAUUUAAGUACAGUACAGUUAUUUAACUUUUAAGUACAUUUUCAUUUAAUCUUUAAGAACUGUCUUUUAAUAUUUAUUUUAGUACAAUGUUUUAUUUCAC